AUGAGAGAACUCGUUGGAGACAGAUUGCCAAAAUUCACACCGCAAGAAUCAGAUUUAGUUAAGGGAUCACUUGAUUUUCUAGGGCUGAACUAUUAUGUUACACAAUAUGCAAGCGACGCAUCUCCUCCUCCUCAGACACACCCUAGCGUCUUAACCGAUCCACGAGUUACUCUUGGAUAUUAUCGCAAUGGAGUACCUAUCGGUGUUGAGUCUCCAAGCUUUGUCUACUAUCCUCCAGGGUUCCGUCAGAUUCUAAAUCAUAUCAAAGACAACUACCAAAACCCACUUACCUACAUCACCGAAAACGGAGUUGCUGAUUAUGGAAACUUAACGGUAGCAAAUGCUCUUGCCGAUAACGGAAGAAUUCAAAAUCAUUGCAGCCAUCUUUCAUGUCUCAAAUGCUCCAUCGAGGAUGGUUGCAAUGUAGCAGGUUAUUUUGCUUGGUCAUUGAUGGACAAUUAUGAAUUUGGAAAUGGUUACACUCUCCGGUUUGGUAUGAAUUGGGUCAAUUUCACUAAUCCUGCUGAUCGAAGAGAAAAAGAUUCUGGGAAAUGGUAUUCUAGGUUCGUCGCAAAAUAA